GCGCGCAUGUUCGCCAACGAUGUGCGCAGUGCAAAGCAAGUCGAAAAGGCCCUGACGUACCGGCCACAGCAACACUUGCGGGCAGGGCCAGCGGUCCAGGUCGCCCAGCGCCUCCCCUUCGAGGGCAAGGACGGCGGCGCCAAAGCGGGCCAGGUCGCCCAAAGUUUCCCCUUCGAGGGCAAGGGCGGCGGCGCCAAAGCGAGCCAG